GAGUGGAGUGGACAGUGAGCCAAGAGUACAGAUUGCCUGUGUAAUGUGACUUCAGUGAGAAAGGCCAAGUUCUUGUGACAGAGCAUUUCAUCCAAACAUCAUAUUCUCACUGGAAAUGCGCAACAACGCAUGGCAUCGGCUAGUGAAUUGGAAAACCCCACUGGAAUGUGGUCAUUUCUAAUGCCUGUUUUACUUGGAUAAUUCCAUUUGGAUUUUUACGUCUGAACGCACAUUGGAUUUAAGCAAUGAUUUACCUCAUUUGGCUCUUUUGCCUCAUCAGUACCCUAGAUGCAGUCCUGGAUCUUACCAUGACCUCAAAUGGCGCCAAUUCUGCCCAGCACUUUGUCCUGUCCUGCAUUUCUGGGGAACGAAACAUUGAAGGACUGGAGCUAAGCAUCAAAAAGGAUAACAGCAUACUCAUGCUUGCCAACAAGCCCAGUUUUAAGGUGCAGAAGCCUCGGCCAAAGGAGGCAGUGGCUUCUGGCUUUGGGAACUUAGAGCAUAGGGGCAUCUUCUACUGCCAUUCAAGCCAGGGGUCCAAUCACCAUUCUAACGUCACUCUUAUCAGCAACUACAACAAAGGUCACUUUAGACCACAGAGACUCUCUCUGACGGCUAACAAAGGAGACACAGUGCACAUAUCUAUGGAUGUCUUGGGAACAGAGAAAAGAGAUGUUACAUGGAAAUUCAAUGGUAACUACUACUACAUGACACACUGGGGAGACGUGGACAAUCAAACAGCUGUUCUCACCUUAAACAACAUUGAUCAGAGCAAUGCAGGGAUCUACAGUGCAAGCUACGUAGGGGACAGUCCGCUCUUUGCAGCCAUGAUGCGGUUAAUCAUUCGGGCUUGUCCGAAGAACAAAUGGGGCACAGACUGUGACAAGGAAUGUCCUGAGUGUCUGAACGGAGGUGUCUGCCAUGACAGAGAUGGUGACUGUGUCUGUCCUCCAGGUUUCAUGGGAACACGCUGUGAGACAGCAUGUCGAGAGGGAAUGUUUGGAAGAAACUGUCAGGAGUCCUGUAAAGCAGAAACUGGGUGCCAGGAUUUAACUUUCUGCCUCGUCGACCCCUAUGGCUGCUCUUGUGCAAGUGGCUGGCAUGGAGAUCGCUGUCAUAAACCCUGUCCUGAUGGGAUGUAUGGAGCUGGUUGUCUGCUUAGCUGCAACUGUAAAAACAAAGGCAAAUGCAGUCGUUUCAGCGGCUGCCAUUGUCCAACUGGCUGGAGAGGACAACACUGUGAGAAAUCAGAUCGUGCUCCACAGAUCCUGGAUAUAGACAGCAAUCAGGAGUGGAAUCUGCACUCCAGCCCAAAGAUACUGUGCUCUGCAACCGGUCAUCCUCUUCCCAGCCACACGAGUAUUGAGCUGCGCAAACUGGAUAGCACAGUGCUCAAGGCCUCCCGCACCACCAUGGAUUCAAACAAGAGCACUGCCCAGUUUGAAAUCACACAACUUACAGCUGAGCAUGGGGGUCUCUGGGAAUGCAGAGUUUCGACGAACGGUGGGCAAGACUCCCGCAAGUUUAACCUAACUGUAAAAGAACCCCCUUCUCCCACCACUCCUCCGAAACUGAUCGAAAAGACGAGCAAACAACUUGUUGUGAAGCCAAUGGAACACUACAGAGGUGAUGGUCCCAUUAUGUCUACCAAAGUCCUCUAUAGACCGCUGGAGACACAAGAUCCCUGGUCCUCCAUCAUAGUUUAUUACAACAGCGGUUCGGUAACUCUAAUGAACUUGAAGCCAACAACCAAGUAUCAGGUCCGGGUGCGACUCACCAGGCCGGGAGAAGGAGGAGAGGGGCCUGAGGGUCCGGAAGCCAUCAUGGAGACUGACUGUCCAGAGCCCUUGGCCAGGCCGGAGAUUGAUUUCAGCUCUCAAGAGGGGCGAAACGCCACCGUGAAGUGGCUCCUGCCCAGCGGCCCGAGCCAGGCAAGUGGCUUUUUAGUGCAGCUCUACGGACCCCAGGAAGAGAAGCUGUGGGAGGAGACCACCUUGCUCAGUGUGCUUUCCACAAAGCUCUACAACCUGGAGUACCACCGUGACUACCACGUGGUCAUCCGGCUGGUCAACUGCGGCAGCCGUGGGCCUGCCUCAAAGCCCUAUCGCAUCCGCCUCAACAGCCAGGGACCCUCUUCUCCAAGGAAUGUACAAGCUGACCCCUUGUCCAUUAAUGGAGUAAGAGUUCGCUGGCAGCCCCCUGAGGAUCCCAACGGCGGUAUUGUCAAAUACACCAUUGAAUACCAGCCAGUAGGCCAGGGCACCCUGCAGUGGGUGGACACAGAUGAUGGGAACAAGACCACCAAAGAUGUGACAGCCCUGAAUGGAAGCACCUUGUACCAGUUCAGAGUGCGAGGUUUCUCCAAAGUGCCUGGGGAUUGGAGCAAGUUUGUGCAAGCCAGGACUCAAGGAGAUGGUUCUUCCAGUUUCAGUCCCACCACUCAGGGGGUUGGCAGGCCCAUGGCAGAGGACCAUCAGCUGCUGUGGGCUGUGGUUGGCUCAGUUGCCGUCACAUGUGUUACCAUUCUUCUAGCGCUACUGGCCCUUUUCUACAUCCGAAAAUCCAUUGUCAAACGUAGACGUACCUUUACCUACCAGUCAGGAUCGGGAGAAGAGACCAUACUGCAGUUCAACUCAGGGACCCUCACGCUAACCCGAAGACCAAAGCCCACCCCAGAACCCCUAACUUACCCUAUACUGGACUGGGAAGACAUCAAGUUUGAAGACGUCAUUGGCGAAGGGAAUUUUGGCCAAGUCAUCAAAGCCAUGAUCAAAAAGGAUGGAACCAAAAUGAGUGCUGCCAUUAAAAUGCUGAAGGAAUUUGCCUCAGAGAAUGACCACCGGGACUUUGCUGGGGAACUGGAGGUGUUAUGCAAGCUGGGCCAACAUCCCAACAUAAUCAACCUCAUAGGGGCCUGUGAAAACAGAGGCUACCUGUACAUCGCGAUCGAGUUUGCUCCUUACGGCAAUCUGCUGGACUUCUUGAGGAAAAGCCGUGUUCUGGAGACAGACCCAGCCUUUGCUAAAGAACAUGGAACGGCCUCCACGCUCACCUCCCAGCAGCUCCUGCAGUUCGCUGUCGAUGUGGCCACGGGCAUGCAUUACCUUAGUGACAAGCAGUUUAUCCACAGAGAUUUAGCAGCCAGAAAUGUGCUGGUUGGCGACAACCUCGUGGCAAAAAUAGCUGAUUUUGGAUUGUCACGAGGAGAGGAGGUGUACGUCAAAAAGACUAUGGGGAGAUUGCCUGUGCGAUGGAUGGCAAUUGAGUCACUUAACUACAGUGUCUACACCACAAAGAGUGAUGUCUGGUCUUUCGGGGUUCUUCUUUGGGAGAUUGUAAGUUUAGGUGGAACUCCAUACUGUGGGAUGACUUGUGCUGAGCUUUAUGAGAAGCUUCCUCAAGGCUACAGGAUGGAGAAGCCCAGGAACUGUGAUGAUGAAGUGUAUGAGCUGAUGAGACAGUGCUGGCGAGACAGGCCUUAUGAACGACCACCGUUUUCUCAAAUAUCAGUUCAGCUCAACAGGAUGCAAGAGGCCAGAAAGGCCUAUGUCAACAUGGCUCUCUUUGAGAACUUCACCUAUGCUGGAAUAGAUGCUACUGCUGAAGAGGCCUGACUACCCGCCCCCCCAGGUUCCAGCAGGUUCCACAAUCCAAGGGAGGCUCACCACAGCAGGGCGCUUCGCUACUGCCAACCACCCGCUGUUCGAUUCCACCGCUCAAAGAAACACUCCACCAGGGCCACAUGGCUAUAAAGGAAAGACUGUGAAAGGACACUUGCAGGCCUUCGGCUUCCUUUAUGGUGGAUGUUCUCAGACCUGGUGAUACUGACCGGUUGUCAGCAUUCGAGUUCUCAAAAAAGCGAGUGGAGCCUAACGUAAAGUUCUUGUGUAUUGUUCCUGUACCUGCUGGGGUCUGAGGGGAUCUGAAAUACUUAAUGGACUCAUCUGUCUCUUGGAAGGAGACUCAUCUUGGGAAGUUAGUUCAUUCCAGUGGACAGUAACGACAUGCCACGUGGUUUUAUGUAGCACUUAAGAAAACUAAAACUCAUACAGUGUACCAAAGUCCAUUCACUGCCAUAUGUAGAUAUUUGACUUAUGCGACUGUGUGAUUGUAUGUACAUAGAGAGUACUGUAUAUCUCAAAAACUUCAGAAUACUUUUUUUUACAUAUUAUCCAGCAAUACUGCCAAUUUCAUGCUUUUUUAAUUUGUAUUUGUUUGCAUGUGUUUCAUGUACAGGUAAAGACAUUACUACCUUUUAUACCUUUUGUUUUUUAUAAAUAAAACAUUUAUACAAUGACUGUCAGAUGAAAAGAUGACUAAGAAAGCAUAGAAAGCCAGUUCAACUAA